AUGGACAUAGAGAAACUACAAGACCAAAAUUACCCCAUAUGGGUGCAAUUUCCUAACCUAAGGUUGAAUUUGUGGAGUUCCACUGGAAUUAGUAAGAUUGCUAGUUUGAUUGGAUGUCCUAUUGCUACUGAUAAGCUAACUGCCUCAAGACCAAGGUUGAGUUAUGCAAGGGUUUUGUUGGAAGUUGAUUUGCCUUUUAAAGAACCACUACCUGAUCAAAUUGAAAUUCAAGGUCCGGAUGGUAAAAGUUAUCAUCAAAAGGUGGUUUAUGAGUUCAAACCAAGAUGGUGCUCCUUUUGUAAUAGUGUAGGACAUGAUUCUCAGCACUGCAGGAAACAUGUUCCAAAAAGAGUGUGCGUGCCUGUUAAUAAACCUGUACCUAGUGUUUCUAAUGAAGUGAGGGAGCCUGUUAAUAAACCUUCCAGUGUUGCUAAUGAAGUGAGGGAGGCUGUAGAGAGGGGUAUCUUUUCUGAUAAGAAUGUGGUGCUAAAUUUUCAAGGAUCAAUUGCUAAAGAAUCUGAGAAGGUUCUAAUUGAUACAGCUCCUGUAAAACAUGCACUGCUGGAAAAACAUGCACAAAAUUUUCCUGUUUCUCUGCAGACUGGGAAAACAUGCACAGAUUUCAAUCAAGCUGAGAAAGUGAAACAGAAAGCUUACUCUUGCUCUCCUCCUAUUAAUUCAAGUGGAUUUACUUUUGUCACUAGAGCUAACACUGCAAAAAGACCUAUUAUGAGUGAUCCUGGAACAUCAGUGGAAGCCUCUCAAUUUUCUAUUCUUGAUCACCAAAUUUUUGAUUUGGAUCCCUCUAAUGCUGAUAGAGGGGUACUCUUAGAAACUAAAAUUGUUGGGGAUAAGAAAUUGCAAUUUAUUGGCAAGAAAAUUGCAAAAGAGUGGAAGUGGAUAUCAAAUAAGCAAUUGGCAAAUAAUGCUAGAAUAUGGGUACUAUGGUAUAGUGAAAUGCUUUCAGUUCAAGAGGUCAAAUCCUCUGAUCAAUAUAUCACCUGUGCUAUAAAAUCUAAGGAUGACAAAUUGUCAUGCCUUUUCACUGCAGUUUAUGCUCACAACCUGAAUGAUGAAAGGAAAUCUCUUUGGGAAGAUCUAUUAACUUUCAAAAGGAGUGUUGACUGCCCAUGGUUUGUGGGUGGGGAUUUUAAUGCUAUUGUAAAUGGAGAUUAA